AUGUAUCUUUACCAAUACUUUAUUUGCUCUAUUUAUUCAGCUAGCUUAGACAUAACGUCAGAUAUUUCUUCUACAUUUUCGUUAUUAUUAAAAUCUUCUUCAGUGUUCUUUGGUGAUGCGCCCGGUGGUGCUUUUGGUGGUGCUUUUGGUAGUGCUUUUGGUGCCGCUCUUGGUGCCACUCUUGGUGCCACUCUUAGUGGUGCUCUUGGUAGUGUGCUUGGUGGUAUGUUUGGUGGUGUGUUCAGUGGUGAUGCCUAUAGUAGUUGUGCUCCUAGUAGUCUCGAUGGUGGUGUCUUCAAUACUGGUGUUCUUGGUAGUAUAAAGUUUUGGAAAACUUUUUUCACAAUUAUAAAAAAUGUUUUGAAAGUAUUGCAAUAA